AUGGUUUUAGCUAAAACUCAUGACGAAGGUGACAAAUACCUCCGAAUUCCACGAGCAUGUGAGAAGAAGGCGAUCAACGAGGCAACAGAGCCGGUGCUGAUGGGAGAGGCGGUGACAACAGGUCUAACGUGUCCGGCAGUGGCUAUUGAGGAUCGAGUGACAAUGAAGCUGGAUGUGGCACACACCGAGCACAGCCAUUUGAUUGGGAAGGGUGGACAUUGUGUAAAGGCAAUGAUGCUGGAGACGCAGUGUCACAUCCACUUUCCCGACUCCAAUCGUGCACCCAAUGUGGUGGAGAAGAGUAAUCAGGUCUCCAUUUCCGGCCAGUCUGCAGAUGUGGAGAGAGCCAGAAAGCGUAUUCGACAAAUGCUUCCACUGGUCUACAUCUUCACCAUCCAGAACUCGUCACCACACGCGUUGACCCUUUACCGCACCUCCUACAUAGUGCAGCACCUUGAGGCCAAGUUCUCUGUCGAGGUGACCUACCGUCACUACUUCGCCUUCCCUUUGGCAGACUUGACUUUUCGCCACCACCCCCACGCCAAGUACCUCGCCUCCAGCAGCACCAUUGUUGUUAGCGUACGUGGGCUCGCACUCUUCGCCCAACACGUAAUUGAAGCUACUAAAACGCUACUCGAACACCACUUUGGAAGGAUGGCUGAGCACACAAACGUUUGGAUGACCCUAGACGUCGAGCCCAAGCACCAAUUCAUUAUGCAGAAUCAUAUGGCUCCACGCAGCCUGGUUGAAGUUAUCCACGAGUCAACUGGAGCCUGGGUUUGGUUUCCACAAGAGAGUCCUUUCACUAACACCAUCACUUCCUCCAUCACCACCAUCUCACCCUGCCCCAGUCCCCUCUCGAGAUCCCCACGCCGAAGUGGAUUCUACGCUCCACGACUGUGUCCCACUCCGAGUUUGCCUACCUCCUCUAUCAGCCUCUCCCAACGUCCUGAAGCUCGCACCAUGAUCACUAUCUUUGGAAGUGUCAAUGGAUGCUUUGUGGCUCGACAGACGCUCAUGACUCUGCUUCCGGUGACUCUGAUUGCCGAAAUAUCUAGCGAAGAGGCUUUGAUUCUUUCUCGCAUCGACUACAGCACUUACAAGUCCUCAAAUGACGUCAGCAUAUCAUUUCGGGCCAAGCCUCGGCACUCGUUUCGUGAGGUUCAAAAGGGAGUAGCAACUUUGCCACCACUGGAGGCAUGCAUGACCCCGUCCCUGAACGAAAAGGGCGUGGCGAGUGGGCUCGAGAAGGAGGCUUCUUUAAGGCGACAACGUUGGCGGUAUCCUGUUCUGGGUGGUUCUUUUGCCACCUGGGCUAGUGAGAGUAGAAGUCCGUCACCAAAAUCGCCUAUUUUACGUCCUCCUAUUUCCUUGGAAAAUGGAGACAUGACUUCUCCCAACACUGAUCAUUUCGCGAUGCCGUCGGCUGCGAAUCCGAAAUACGACCAUGGACAACGGAAAGCCCACCGACGCUUGAAUCGACAACCAAAGAACCUCUUCAUUGUGCUGACAUGA